AUGGAUUCCAAUGAGUCACUGCUGCAAGGUGCAAAAUCUAAGAUUCAAAAGCUAGCACUCAAUGCCACGUUGACGGAUGAUAAUUACGCAGCUCACCAGCUUAGUUCGACUGCAACAUCAACAUUAGAAAACGUAGAACUCACGAAAGCACUUGAAACUGUGUAUCAACAUAAUGAAAAUCUUAAGCGACACAAUGACGAGCUGCAAGCUCUACUCGCCGAUGCCCAGGAUGAAAUAUUUACUCUCCGGGAGGAAGUUGAAGUCCAUCAGGCCAAUCCACCGAUUCAACGACUUCUGGAAAGCAAUGAAGAUCAAAAGACUUGGGGCACUUCUAUCUCUUCACUCAAACAGGACACGGAUUCUUUGCAUCGACUCACACUUGAUCCGCGUGCUUCCCAGGGGAAUGAAGAACAGCAGGGUGAACCACCGAUACGGCGUCUCUCCGAAUUUGAUCAGGAUGAGUUCAAUAUCCAGAUUGAAUGA